CCCCGCGAGGAGAGCUUCUCUCUUACUCUUUGUUGCAACUGCUUCACUGGGCGCUUCAACGCAAUCAAAUCUUUCCAAAGGUGGCUGAAUUUCCUCCUUAAGAUAGCCUCUACGACAUCAAUUCAGUCACCAUGCAGCUCAUCAAGGUCGCUCUCCUAUUUGCGCCCCUCCUCGCUGUGGCCUCUGCUAUAGUCGACGAUUCCCCCCACGAUGUCGAGGCUAAGAUCAAGCGCGACCAGGACCUUAAGAACCGUGGCUUCGACACUCGAAGCCUCGGCUUAGAGAAACGCGAUUGUGAAAAGAACGGCUGCAAGUGCGCUAAAAACACGCCGCAGGGCGUGUACUGCGGACUGUGCAAGGCCGUGAUUGAGUCUGGGACAGGCGGGUUUUAUACGCGCGAUAGCUUCGAGUGCGGUCCCAGCGGGGCGUGCUGUAAUUAUGGCAGUACGUCUGUGUGCAAGACCGGUAACUACGCGGGCUCUUGCCCGAGGUAGAUUGGAAGGUAGAGGAGGGUGAGAGGAGAGAAGACAUAAAUGGCGAGGGAUCCGUUUUUAUUGUUGUGAAAUGGGACUACCAAAAGCGUUUGUUGCGGAUGCAACUGGAGUAUUUGGGCUCCUUCAAUGGUAGUGGACAGCUGUGGAGGUCCUGCAUGCUCGUGCGGUCUUGAAGCCCGAGGGAAUAUGUAUAGAUAAGAAUUCAUAUGGGAAUAAAAACUG